AUGCAGCUGAUAACGGACACUAACCGACAAAAACCUUUUCGCAAAGGCGUAGAGCCGUCGCAGCAGAUGCAAUGGCGGGUGGAUGAAGCACGCGCGCAGGGGAAGCUCCCAACCGCAGUGUCGUUGCGAGCAGCACAGCCCGAAGGCGGCGGCGCGAAGAGGCGGUGGAAUCCCGCGCCGGUCGCGAUCCGCCUGGAUCACUUCUCAACUGCCGCCAUCCCCGAUGCACUCUCACCUCUGCCGUUGCCUCGUCGAGAGUCCGCGGCAGUAGGUUUGUGCACCGUGCAGAGCAGCAGGAUGGGGAGCGCUGAUGGGGGCAUCAGUGACGGGCGAUCGCGCAGAGCGGGAAGCGGGAAGUUAGGAUGCGGGCGUGCGUGCGUGGGUUGGGUUUGGCGGAGACGAGGCGAGGGGUGGGAGAAGGGGGAGCAGGAGGCAAAGCAGGAGGGCGGGGGAGGGGAGAAGGGCGGGAGAGAGGAAAGCUGGGAGAGCGCGCGCCAGGGGCUCGAGGGGUGGCGCGAUUGGGGGAACAAAGUGGGCCGCAGGGGAGAGGGCGGGUGCAGCGACGUAUGGGCGCAGGGAGGUAUGAGGCGGCGCAUGGUAGCAGGGUUGAAGGUGGUGGGGCAGGCGGGCAGGGCUCAAGGAAACAUUUCUCGUUUCCGCAUGCAGGGUGCGAUGCGGCGGCAGGUGCUGGCAGUGCUGAAGGGGGGCAAGCGAUGCAUCCUCUUCCCAUCCCGACAUGAUGGUGCUGCUGUGAUCCACAAAUGCAUGGUGAAAGGGGAUGGCAGAGGGCAGACGGCGGUCGCACUCUCGCCCAUUCUUGCAGGCAACUGCACGCAGGUUUUCCGCGCACCCACCCCACCAUUCAUUCCACCCUCUCGCCUCCCCCCCCUCCUCUCACCCCCACGGCACCUUCCCCAAGGCGCUCUUGACGCAGCCCUCCUCACACCCAUUCUAGCAGCAGGUGCUGCUGCGCUGUGCAUGCAGCCAUGA